AUGCUAAGGGAAGAAUUAAAUUGCUUGAAGUCCAAACAAGGAGGAGAAGCUCGAUUGGAGGAAGUCAUUCGUGAAGCACGAACCACCCCAUUCACUCACUAUAUCAUGUCACCAGCGAUCCUAGCAAAAUGCCCUCCACCGACUUUCAAUUAUUAUGACGGGAGCGGAGAUCCUUCCGCUCAUAUGAGGCAACUCACAGAGAUUUUCCGCGAAACGUACAUGUACAACAUGAACGCUAAGACAGGAAUGGAUAAAAUUUUCACCUUGUUUAUCGGCCCUAACGAGACGUUGAGAGAAUACACAGAUCGAUGGGUAAAAAUCUGUCAGCCAAUAGGAAAGGUCGACCCAAUAGUCGUAUUCAACUGCUAUAAGUACGGCCUCGCUAGACAAUCACGAAUAUUUGAGGAGUUUUGCACCAAUCCGCCCAUAGAGAAAAAAGGGGAGCUCAGGAUCAUCCAAGCAAAGUACAUCCAUCUAGAAGAAAUGCAAAGGGAUAAUCUCAGGAACAUCGGGAAAAGUCAAGGGGAUAUUGCUCAUCGCACUCACUCGGUGGAACCGGCAAAGGAUAAGGGCAUAGACCAAAUCCUAAAGAAAAUCCAGAAUAGGCCCAACUUCAAUUGGUCGUUCUCUAAGGGUCAACAACCUGAUAAAGUUAAGAACAAUAAGGACUACUGUGAGUACCAUGCAUUCUAUGGGCACACCACAGAUCGCUGCAAGAAUUUGAGACAUGCAAUUCAGGACAUGAUAAAUGAAGGAAGCUUAAAAGAAUCCAUUGACCCGACCACGACCACUACAACGAUUGUUGUAGACAAGCUGGUCCGACUCACCGAAGGACGUACAUAUGUUAACUCCAUAUCGCACGUCGUAGAAGCAGAGUCGUUUAUGGUAGAAGAUAUUAACCGAAGAGCGCGCAAAAGGGUCAUGCAUCAUGAAAUUUUCAAAAUCAGUGGCAGAGUAGCGGAACCAUGGGAUGAUUGGAUGGCCACACCGCUAAUCUUCUUGACCGAAGAUGUAGACCGGGAUAUCAAGACCCACAAUGAUCCACUCGUCUUAACCCUCCCAGUGGAUGAGUUCAAUGUCUCAAGGAUCCUGAUAGACGGGGGAAGUUCGCUCAACGUCUUAUUCUAUGAUGCUUACAAGAAGAUGGAAUACCCGGAUGACAGGCUAACUAGCUCCAACUACGUAAUUUAUGGUUUCAACGGAUCUGUCUCCAAACUCAAGGGAGCAAUAAUCUUAGAAGUCAAAGUCGGGUGA